AUGAAAAACUGGAAGCUUGUUCCCGUUCAUGAAAAGGUCCACAGGAAGAGGAAUCCGCAUGCUUCAGGGGGGAAUCUUUCUCUGCUCAAGAGAGAUAUCGAUGACCUCAUAGACGAGUUUGUGGAGACUUGGAGAGGUCUUUACUGUCUCUAUUGCCUUCAUGAGACCCAACCUUUUAAACCCAAGUUCCGGAUCUAUAUCUCACUUGAGGAGCUUGGGAGAUUUUGGGAUCUUAUAGUUGAGUCAAAAGACAGAGUUGUAGAGAUAGCUAAUGCUGUGGCCAGACAAAUGCUUGACAGAAACGUGUUUAUAUUUGGAGCUGUAGAUUUUGAUGAAGCGUCUACAACCGAGAAACUUCAUCAAUCAAUAGAGCUACAGAACGCACUUGUGCGGGUGUGCCUAUAG